CAAUUUAAAAAUUGUGUAAAUUCAUAAUUAAAGAAUUAAGCAAUUUACGUUUCAUUUAACAAACCCCUCGCCUUGCUAUUGAAUUAUAUUAAACCAAGCAGUGAAUUCAACUCAAGUGAUCAAACAGAAAGAACAGCAAAUUAAAAGGUCUUCGGUACAUCAUAAAUUAAAAGAUAUUAAUAUCUCUAAUAUUAUGUGACUUAAUCCAUAACGAACCUAUUAAGUGGUAGGUUUUUCCCUUACAUCACCACUUUUCUUAGCAAAGAUGUUCGCUACCUUACACAAUGCGUUUUGCGGUCCCUAACGCCAAGAUUUGAAUUGUAUAAUCAUAAAUGUUUCGUAUUCCGAAGGUACUAAAUAAUGUCGGCAAUAGACGUGACAUUUUCGAUUCGUACACCCCAUAUAAGCUGACAUACGUUCGUACAUACCUACCAGGACGAAUAUUCUGGAUGUGUUUGUACGCGACCCCCACCCCCACACACACAUACACAAAAAGGAGAGAGAUAUCUCGCUUACUCGGCCUGGACUCAACUCACCCGCAGGAUCUCUACACGACAAACAAACAAAAAAAUUCCUUCUCAAGCUGUCAGUCGAGUGCGAUUCAUAAAAACGAACGAUGACAGGAGGUGACAAUUAUUCGAACGAGGGGGUAACUCGGCUGUGUAUCUCUCUCCUCUGUUCACUUCUGUACUCGUCCUUUGUCGUCUUUCCUCUUUGUCCGACAUUCGAGAGGCCGAGCGAGCUGCCAUUAGCCCCCUCUCGUUCUAAUUAACGAGCGACCUGUGCGCGUCCGAUGGAUAAAACGGGACAACCAGCAAGAGCACCGUCGGUAAAAGGGAGACGAAAUAGGGGAACAGAGAAGGGGAACGAACGAGGGAAGAAGACGGGGAACGAGUCGGCCAACCACGUGACCAACGGGCAGGGGGUGGCAGGCGACAUUUCGCAUGCUCAGAACUCUACAGGCUGCAGCAUAUCGCACACCGAGCCGAUACCCUUCGCAGGGAAACAAUAGUGCUGGCUAGCGUUCGCGACAGACAGAAUUCGUGAAAAGCGUCUCGAACGGGAAGUGCACGAACAACGUAACCUAAAAAACGAUCAACCACCCGUUUCGGUAUCGGCGAAUAGAAACGCGCCUUCGUACCCGGCUUCCAUGGUUUCACCCUUCGCGCGGAUACAGCAACGAGAGAUGUUCUCUCGCGAGAUCGUUCAACGAGCUUUUGCGAUUUAUCCGUUACGUUGCUAGUUUAUUCCGGCUUGUAUAUAACUGGAAUCGAGUACUGUACGCGUCGUCGGGUGUUGGUGUGUCCGUCGGUUGUCAUGAUGUCUCGUGGUUGUGGAAAGUGCGAGAAAAGUGAGAGGUAGUGUGCUUAAACCCCGGUAAGUGCGCGGAUACACGCAUCCACGUACAUACACACGAAGUGAGAAGGGAUGACGAUGCUGCUAUCAGGAGGGAAACAACUACAGCUUCCUUGAUCCACGAAUAUUCCUCGACGAAACACCCUCGCUUGGUCCAGCGUAAACACCGGAUACAAGGCAGAGUGAUAUGUUAACCGAAGACAAUGAUCCGACGAAACCAGCAGGCGUUUUAGACAAUGCUGGUAACGUGUCUUCGUCCACAGAGGCCUCGGUACAGCACCCUCGUGCCCCAAACAAUGAUCACACUGGCAGCUACGGAGGUCAAGAACGAGGUGCAAGAUUGCCCCGAGAACGACAGCGUGCCCGGCGGGGAGUUGUACAUCGACGAAAAUGCCGAGGAAAAAGAGCAGGAGUAUCCAGAUUCUAUGGAAAAGGCCGACUACAGUUCAUUGUACGGAGCCAAUCAAUAUUAUAACAGUAUAUACAACUCACCCCCAUAUGGAUCGGCUACAGCUGGGAAAAACACCUCGGGAUUGCAAGGUUCUUACUUGACCUCUUACACGUCCCCGAGUUCCAUGACUCAAUAUUCGUCUUAUGCUACUUACAACAGCGGCACACCGAAUUUUCCCAACGUAGCCCAAAAUAUAUCGUCCUCUUCUCAGAAGCUAGAUUAUAGCGCCUACAGUAGCAGUUUAUACGGAAAUGACAGGGUACCAUUACAGUAUUCCGGAUACUACCCAAUGCAUGGGUACCACGCGACACCGGCCUCAUUUAACAUUGGAAAUCUGAAUUUUGCUGAUUCGACAAAAUCUGCGCUCACAUUGGACGCAACAACUCACGAUGCCAGCGAUCUUACCGCACGAGAAACCGCAAACAUCGAAGGUAACACGAUUCGUACGACUGCGAAACCUUGCAGACGCGGAAGACGUCAAAGCGGAAGUGGAAACAGUAUAGGUUCCGCAGACACGACAGAAGCCGGUCCUGACCGGAUAUUCAUUUGGGACCUGGACGAAACCAUAGUUGUGUUUCACUCGUUGCUCACUGGCCAAUUUGCAACGAAACACCGUAAGGAUCCUACCCUUUUGGCCCAAGUUGCCUACAGAAUGGAGGAGAUGAUAUUUAAUUUGGCUGAUACUCAUUUCUUUUUCAAUGACAUCGAGGAUUGUGACCAAGUGCACAUCGACGAUGUAUCAUCAGAUGAUAACGGGCAGGACCUGUCUUCUUACAACUUCGCAAACGACGGUUUCCAAUGCGCGUCUACGAACAACGGCAUAUGCUUGGCAUCCGGUGUCAGAGGUGGCGUAGACUGGAUGCGAAAAUUGGCUUUCCGUUACCGGAAAAUAAAAGAGAUUUACACUAAUUACCGGAACAAUGUCGGCGGUUUAUUAGGCGCAGCGAAACAAGAACAAUGGCUGCAGUUACGCUCAGAGAUCGAAGUACUGACCGAUAAUUGGUUAACAUCUGCAGUGAAAUGUUUGAGUCUUAUUAAUAAAAGAAGUCACUGCAUUAACAUUCUUGUCACGACUACGCAGUUGGUACCGGCUCUUUCGAAAGUACUACUUUUCGGAAUUGGUGGAAUAUUUCCUAUUGAAAAUAUUUAUUCUGCCUCGAAAAUUGGGAAAGAAAGUUGUUUUGGAAGAGUAGUCGCAAGAUUUGGUCGAAGAUGCACUUACGUAGUGAUAGGCGACGAUUCGGACGAAGAAACGGCAGCACGUGCCCACAAUUUCCCAUUUUGGAGAAUAAAUAGUCACUCGGAUACACAGUCAUUAUACAACGCCUUAGAGAUGGGAUUCCUUUAAACAGGAUCCAUUUACAAAAAGGACUGGACAAGGGGAAAAAAGAUCCUGUUCGAACAACGUCCAAACGGAAUACUUUCACGAGAUAUUUCUAUAUUCUUUAGUGCGCCUUACGAUAGCGCUUUUAUUGAGCGAACCAUUUGAACAUUCCUACUAUUUAUCGAUCGUACGUGAAUUUGGGGAUCGACUGUUCCUGUGAGAUCGCCAUAUGUAAUUAUCGUCAAUGGCUAUUCGUCGAUCGUCAAGCGUGACCGAUCGGAACAGGGUCCACAAGUGAUAUACAAUGAAAGUAACAGAAAGUAACGGAAGAAGAGGGAAAAUUGAAAAUGAAAGAUUUAUAUAUAGUAUGGAAAAUAUUUUCAAUUAAUUCCUACACACUUUCGACCAUAUAAAUAUUAUAUUCGAUGUAACAAUUGGUUCGUUGAAAAUUGUCUUUUGCGUACUUAAACGAGUUGUAUUUCUUGCUAUAAAAACAUAGCAAAAUUGGUCGAAAAUGCUUAGAUUCGCAGGCGAGAUAACAUUUAUGCGUAACUUCGUUAGUUAUAAAUCUCUGACAAUUUUACACAAAUAUUGUGAUACAGUUUAAUCCAAUUAUUUAAUUAAUGAUCCCAGUAAACAUAAUAUAGCAUGGUCGAACAGAUAUUCUUUUUUAAACAGCAGUUUGUGAAAGUUUAUAGUCACGUUUUUAUUAGUUAUAUUAUAUAGGGAAUAUAUUUGACUGAAAAUAUUAUGCAUUCUUAUCGUUUAUGUCUUUGUACAUGUUAAAUGCUAAUAAGAAUAUUUAGGUACAUAUAUUUUUGAAUUGUCCAUAUCAUGGUGUGGUUUAAAAACAUUUUUCAGAUUUCAACUAUUUCGAAUUAUCCUAGAAAAAGUAGCAGAUUAAUAAUAUAGGUCGUGAGAGUAAUUAAAAUUUAUAAUUUUAUGAUAUUAAGGAUACGUAAAAUGACGUUUUCAGAACGUACGAGUUUAUGUUAUAUACUGAAAAUUUUAAUUAAUAAAAGAAAGAGAAUAGGAUUAGCAAAUGAUAACCAAAGUUAACGUCGUUGAAUAUUUCGUCGUAAAAUCAAUUUAUAUGUUUUCGAGAUAAUAUCAUAUAUUGAAUAAGUAAACAUUUGCCGAAAUAAAGACGGCUAAAAUUUUGUGCAAAUUAUAUUCUUAAAUCAAUCAUUUUCAUCCAAAAAAUUUUUUUUUUAUAAUAAUUAAUGAUCUACGAAAUUUAUUUAUGUUUAUUUUGUAAUAAAAAAUCAAUUACUUUUUAGUAAAAGUUACAUAUACAAGUUGCUUAUUAUUUUGAAAAUCUAUAAACAUGUAAAAUGCAAAAUAUAUUAAUAUAAUGUUUUAGUAAACUUAAUAGCACAAAAUCUGCACAAGUUGUAAAAUUGUGACAAACCCUAGUUUUAAAGAAAACUACUUAUUGGUGUAUUAUUCAAUAUGAAAUUCGACUGAAUGAAAAGAUUUAAAACAUUCAAGUUAUAACACUUAAAAAUGAAGACUACAACAAUUAACGAAAUUCUUUUAAAAGUGGUGUGUUAUUUACACUUUCGAGAGAUUAAUUUUUUCUGAUAAAUGUACGUUUAUGUUAGAUUCACAUUAUAUUACAUGGAUUAAACAUGGUAAAUGUGAAUCUGUGUAUUAAAAUAGAUUGUCGGAUGUAAAAGAAACGAUGUAAUAUUACUAUAAUUAUUAUAUAAAAAUUUACACACGAUCAAACAAUUAUCGAUUUGAUUUACAUAACAUUCCUUUCGUUGGUAUAUUCGAUUUUGUAUGGUACGCACAGCGAUGUAUAAUUUUAUAAAAAUUUAAGAUACUGUAUUACGUAAAUUGUGCCUAUUGAAAUUAUAUAUAUUUUUAUAAGUAAUUGUUAUAAUUCCAGUGUCAGGCUUUCUAACACCACGAGUGAUAGUUUCAUACUGAGGUUAGAUUUUUCAGUGUAUAGCAACACUUUCUAUCUUAAGAUAAAAACGUGACAUUGUUUAUUUACGUAAGUGUUCAUAUUUGUUUAUGCUUUUUAUAUCGAAUAUACAUUUCUUUGUGAACUGGCAGAUCACAGUCACUAUGUAAUUUACUUAUACACUUUACCGACUUCAAAAAUUCAUCGUAUCUGUGCGUCCUUUGAUAUUCCAAGUUUUUAGUGAAAAAAAAAAAA